UCGGCGGCACCCGGCACAGUUGGGACCUGGUAUCCGCAGCCGUUUGCCGCGCGUCCCUAUGAGGGGGGCGAUGGAGCUGGAGCCAGAGCUGCUGCUGCAGGAGGCCCGCGAGAACGUGGAGGCGGCGCAGAGCUACCGGCGGGAACUGGGCCACCGGCUGCAGGGGCUGCGGGAGGCGCGGAGGCAGAUCAAAGAGAGUGCAUCACAGACAAGGGAUGUCCUCAAACAGCAUUUUAAUGAUUUAAAAGGAACCCUUGGGAAGCUUCUGGAUGAGCGAUUGGUGACCCUUUUGCAAGAGGUGGACACUAUUGAGCAGGAGACCAUUAAACCACUAGAUGACUGCCAGAAGCUCAUAGAACAUGGAGUUAACACUGCAGAGGACUUAGUCCGAGAAGGUGAGAUCGCCAUUCAUGGUGGGGUAGGAGAACAAAAUGAGAAACUGUGGAGCUUUACCAAAAAGGCAUCACAUAUUCAGUUGGACAGCUUACCAGAAGUGCCUUUACUGGUUGAUGUGCCUUGUUUAUCUGCUCAGUUGGAUGACUCAAUUCUUAACAUAGUGAAAGACCACAUUUUUAAGCAUGGAACAGUAGCAUCUCGCCCACCAGUACAGAUAGAAGAACUAAUAGAGAAACCUGGAGGCAUCAUAGUACGAUGGUGUAAGGUGGAUGACGACUUUACAGCCCAAGAUUACAGGCUCCAGUUCCGUAAAUGUACUUCAAAUCAUUUUGAGGAUGUAUAUGUAGGCUCUGAAACUGAAUUCAUAGUAUUGCACAUAGACCCCAAUGUUGAUUAUCAGUUCAGAGUCUGCGCCCGAGGAGAUGGCCGACAGGAGUGGAGUCCUUGGAGUGUCCCCCAGAUAGGUCAUUCCACAUUGGUGCCUCAUGAGUGGACAACUGGCUUUGAGGGGUACAGUUUGAGCAGCCGAAGAAAUAUAGCACUCCGGAAUGAUUCUGAGUCUUCAGGUGUUCUCUACUCCAGCGCACCAACUUAUUUCUGUGGGCAGACGUUAACAUUCAGAGUUGAAACUGUGGGACAGCCAGACAGAAGAGACAGUAUAGGAGUGUGUGUAGAAAAACAGAGUGGACAUGACUCUUUGCAGCGGGACCAAGCUGUGUGCAUCAGUACAAAUGGUGCAGUUUUUGUAAAUGGCAAAGAAAUGACUAAUCAGUUGCCUGCAGUUACUUCUGGAUCCACUGUCACAUUUGACAUUGAAGCUGUGACUCUAGGAACCACCAAUAACGAAGGUGGAAACUUCAAGCUUCGAGUAACUAUUAGCUCAAAUAACAGAGAAGUAGUUUUUGAUUGGUUACUUGAUCAAUCUUGUGGUUCUCUUUACUUUGGAUGUUCAUUUUUCUAUCCUGGUUGGAAAGUGUUAGUGUUUUAGAUUUUUGGAUGCUUGGCUUUGGUUUGCAGGAUUUAAUGUAGCAUUCCUCAGCCCAGCUUAGUUGUAAUUGAUAAAAAAUAGUUGAAUUCAUCUCUCAGUUUGGCCGUUGGACAUGCAAAGUGUUUACUGGAUUUAUUUUUUAAUAUUUUAGCAAUAAGAGAUUUGAAUGUUUGUGGACAAAACCAUAACUCAGUUCUAUUUUUAGCAUACUGUUAAUUGAAAUAUCACAAGGCCAUGUAAAACUUUAGAAUAAAACAACAGGAAGAAACCAGAUAGAAGCCAGAGUUCUGUAAUGUACAUUCACUCAUGUGCUCUCCGUAGGAGUGUGUUGAAUAUGCUCUCCGUAUUCAGGUAUUUGUAAGCAGUGUUGACUUUUAACCCAUAUUCAGUAAACCUUAAGUCCCAAAGGCAUUAUAAUUUUUGCAUUUUUAAAAAUGCCCGAGCAAAUGUCUAUAAUAGGCAAGUAUUAUCUUUUGUUCUUUCCUUGCAAUUUGAUUCAAGAUAGGCUAGAGGAUUUUUACAGGGUAAAACUACUUUUGGAAGUAGUGUGCACAGCAUUUCACAUGGACGUAAUAUGCACAUGUGCAUAUCCAGCCUCACUGAUGUCCAUGUUGCUAUUUAGAGGGUAUGAUCUGCAGUCUAGUUUGUCAGUUUGAUAAAUGGUCUUUUUGUGGACCAAAAACAUAUAGGGUAAAUACUUGACCUAUUUUUUUGAAAACUUAAAUUUGUGUAAAAUAUUUAUUUGAAGGACUUAUUAUGUAAAAAUAAGGGUCUUAACUUGCUAUG